AUGGACCGAAAUACUCGUUCUGCGGUCAUCCUCGCCGUUUCUUGGAUAGAAACAUGCAUUGGUUUAUUCAUUUUCAGCCUUCGGUUCCUGAGUAACUGGAAAUUCGUUGGGCGGUUUAGAUGGGACAUUGCUAUCGCUGGCUUGACGGUGGUGACUGGGACUACUGCUCAGGUGUUUCUGCAGCUUUCAGUCAAUGCUGGGAUGGGCCGUCACUUGGAUGAUCUGUCAGACUCACAUAUGUUAGGAAAGCUUGCGAUUCUCGCCUUCCUUGUCCAGAUUCGUGGUCGGCUUGAGAAAAAGCCGUGGUUCUUGAUAAUUCUGGGUGUUCUGAUUGGCGCAAUCAAUACCACUGUUAUUGGAACAAUUCUGGGUCAAUGCAAGCCAAUGAACAAGCUGUGGGAUGAUAGUGUUGAAGGAACAUGUAACCCAGGGCGCGAAGUCAACCAGAACUAUUCGUUCUUCCAGGCUAGCUUCAACGCACUUAGCGACGUCCUGUUGGCAGUAUAUCCAGUUCAUCUCUUCUGGAAGCUCCAGAUGAAGCUGCGAGCCAAGGUUGUCUUGUCUAUCCUCAUGGGACUGGGCUGGAUAGCAGCACUUUGUUCCGCUGUCAGGACAUCUGAACUCAAAGCGUUGACCCAAACUAGAGAUAUCACCUAUGCUCAUUCCGAUCUCCUCAUCUGGGCCUCGACAGAAGCUUGGAUCAUCAUCAUGGUCGGCUGCAUACCACCCACCCGACCACUUAUGGACAAGGUAUUGCAGCGACUGGGUUUUAUCUCAAAGAAAACGUCGACUCCCUACCAGCACCAUGACUUUAGCGGACAUGCAAAAUAUGGCACAAACAAGUCCAACCCGGCCGGCCACUCCGAUUUUCGCUCCAACGCAUAUGGGGGGAGGAAGAAGCCAUCUGAAGAUGACAGUCCGGGCUGGAUGGAGCUCAGCGCAUUUGAGGGGACUGGAAGUGAGGAACAUAUCGUCAAUGAGCCAACGGGUAUUAUAAUUAGAACCGAUAUUGAGACUCAUUUCGAGGAUGUGGAGCGUCACGGCGGCCCGUCAUCAGGGGAUAGUAGCAUUCCUGCUGAGCAUCCGAUCCGUGAGGGUAUAUAG